AUGCACCGCGCCAGGCAGCCUUUGAAAAAGCGGCGCGGCUCGUUCAAGAUGGCGGAGCUCGAUCAGCUGCCUGACGAGAGUUCUUCAGCGAAAGCACUGGUGAGCUUGAAAGAGGGAAGUUUGUCCAAUACGUGGAAUGAAAAAUAUAAUUCACUGCAGAAAACUCCUAUUUGGAAAAGCAAGAAUGUUGGCUCUACUGUGGAAAUGCCCUUCAGAAAUUCAAAACGGAGUCGACUCUUCUGUGAAGAAGAUGACAGACAAAUAAACACAAGGUCACCCAAAAGAAAUCAGAAGGUUGUGAUGGUUCCACAGAAGUUUAAUACAACGAUGUCAACACCAGACAAGAAAGCUUCACAGAAGAUUGGUUUACGGCUUCGUAACCUGCUCAAACUUCCCAAAGCUCACAAGUGGUGCAUAUAUGAAUGGUUCUAUUCUAAUAUAGAUAAACCACUAUUUGAAGGAGAUAAUGAUUUCUGUGUAUGCCUGAAGGAAUCUUUUCCAAAUUUGAAAACCAGAAAAUUGACAAGAGUUGAAUGGGGAAAAAUCAGACGAUUAAUGGGAAAACCACGGAGAUGCUCCUCUGCGUUCUUUGAGGAAGAAAGAUCAGCAUUAAAACAGAAGCGGCAGAAAAUAAGACUUUUGCAGCAGCGUAAAGUUGCAGAUAUUUCACAGUUCAAAGAUCUUCCAGAUGAAAUUCCAUUGCCCCUUGUAAUAGGAACAAAAGUUACAGCACGAUUACGAGGUGUCCAUGAUGGGCUAUUCACAGGACAGAUAGAAGCAGUAGACACCCUUAACGCUACGUACAGAGUCACUUUUGACAGGGCAGGUCUUGGAACACAGACAAUCCCAGAUUAUGAAGUUCUUAGUAAUGAACCUCAUGAAACCAUGCCAAUCGCUGCCUUUGGGCAGAAACAACGGCCUUCUAGGUUCUUUAUGACCCCUCCCCGGCUGCAUUAUACACCUUCACUCCAGUCUCCAAUUACAGACAGCGAUCCUUUAUUAGGACAGUCGUCGUGGAAAAACAAAAUUUCAGGCACAGACAGUGAAACGCUAGGUGGCUUUCCAGUAGAGUUCCUCAUUCAAGUGACCAGGUUAUCGAAAAUCCUUAUGAUCAAGAAGGAACACAUCAAACAGUUAAGAGAGAUGAAUACGGAAGCAGAAAAGCUGAAAUCCUAUUCUAUGCCAAUAAGCAUUGAGUUUCAGAGGAGAUAUGCAACUAUUGUUCUAGAUCUAGAACAACUAAACAAAGACUUAAAUAAAGUGUUGCAUAAAGUUCAGCAGUAUUGUUAUGAGCUUGCUCCAGACCAAGGCCUCCAGCCCGCAGACCAGCCAACAGAUCUGAGGCGGAGGUGUGAAGAGGAGGCUCAGGAAAUUGUUAGGCAAGCAAAUUCCUCCACAACAGGACAGCUUUGUGUCGAAAGUGAAAAUUUAACUGACCUUAUCUCUAGACUUACAGCAAUAUUACUGCAGAUUAAGUGUCUAGCAGAAGGAGGUGACCUGAAUUCCUUUGAAUUUAAAUCACUAACAGAUUCAUUAAAUGACAUUAAGAAUUCAAUAGACUCCUCAAAUAUCAGUUGUUUUCAGAAUAAUGUUGAGAUCCAUGUUGCACAUAUUCAGAGUGGUCUGAGCCAGAUGGGAAAUUUACAUGCCUUUGCAGCUAAUAACACCAACAGAGACUGAAAACUUUCAAGUGUAUAGCAAGUAGUUCUGGAAAAUCCUCUUCAUUUAUAUAUGCUUCAACAAAUGCCCUAACUGCCAGAAGAUAAGGGAAAAGAAAACCUCUCGGACCCUUUAAAAUAUAUUAUAUUUGCUUCUUAAGGAAACCAGCAUUACUGGCAAGCAUUACAUUAAAUUUCUCCAUUUGUUAUUCACAUGCGGUAGUUUUGCUAACUGGUAAUCUCUUAGUAAUGGCAUUUAUUAUAAACAUAAAAACAUACUUUCAUAUAAUUUGAACUUAGUUUUUAAAAGUUCAGAUUAAUUCUGCCCACCUCUUGUUGUUGGCUCUCCUGGUACGUUAGAUGAAGUGAUGAAGAGGAAAUGGCUCACAUCAGUAACUAUGUGGCAGUCUUUGUUCCUUCAAGCUGCACUUCUGUAGGUACCUGAGAUGCCACCAGCUAGCAUGGUAAUAACAUGGGCUGAGGGUUCCAGGUCUAAAGAAGCAGCGGUGGGAUGUGGACAGAGAACUAAAGUUGCAGAAGAUGUUGGGCAGGUCUGUAGAUCAGCCAGUGUUUCGUUGGAACAUUUAAUUUAUCAUAACUUAUAUAAGAAGUCUAAUGAAGGAAUAUAAAAAUGGAAGUGAUACCUUUCCAGAAACAGAGUCGUUACAGCUUUUUCCCUCUAUGUGGGGCAAGAAGAAGUGUUUUAGUUGGUAUUUUAUAUAAAUGAGUGAUAAAACAUACUGUUUUUCCAACUUUUGGUUUGUUUUGCACAACUUUUAAAUUAAAUUCCUGGUUAUCUGACAUACCCUACAUAUAUAAAUACAAAGGUUUUUAUAAUAAAAUAUAACCAGUGAGGUAAACUGCAAAAAUUAAAAGUGACAACCUGCCUAUGAGUACAUUUUUGGAAUGUUAACCUUGUAAAAAGUGUGUAUUGGUUUGUUUAAAUAGUCUUGUAAAGCUUCUGUGUAAUGAAUCAUUUCCAGAUAUGGAUUUUCAGAGAUAGCUGUAGAGUUGUUUUGGAUUCCUUUAGAUGCCUCAUUAAAUGAGGUCUUUUAUAUGUUAAUGUAUAAAGAAUAUGUAAACAGGAUUAUUUUCAAUUUUAAAAUUUUGUAUAGUUUAAAGAUGCUUCUGUAUUCUGUGUUGGUAUUGUGCCACUGCAAAACUUUAGUGCAGAGUUUAUAUUUAGCUAAACUUGUUCUGUUAAUUAAGAGAAAUGCAUAAAUCUUUUAUUCUCGGUGAAAUUUGUAACUGAAUAAAUUGAACUAUAAGAGUUGAUAUAUUUCACAAAAAUGCAAACUUCUGGCACGUGGUUUCAAGUCAUCUUUUUAAAAGAAGUUAAUUGCUGAAAACGAAACGUGAUGGCUGGGUAACAAGGUGAGUGGCUGUUUUGAAGUAUCUAGAAAAUGUACAAGGAGUGUUACAAAACACCAGACACUACUUCUGCUCCAGUUAGCUACAGGGCUGCUCCGCUCAUCAUGUAAUAGAACAUGGCUGUGGCCCUUCCAGUGCCUUUAUUUUGUGUUGUUUGGUAAAGUAGAUGGAAAGGUUCCCCACACUUGCAGUUUUCAUUUAAACAGAGAGAAAUGCCAGAGCCUCACUUAGGGCACAAAGGUUCGAUCUGACAGUAACUAAUGUGAUCCACUGCUGGCAUGAAGGGAAAACAUCCUCUUGCAGUUUACUUCCACCCCUCCCCUUCUUUCUGGGUGCUCACUGAACACCUGGUGCACAGUGCAGGGAGAUGUGCUGAUGAGAAACAGCUCAUCUUUGUCUCCUUGUUUGCUCCUCACAUAGCUCAAUGAAUUCAGUCACUGCAGAGUGCAAUGGAAAAGGAGCAGCAGGGGCUGCCGUUCCCAUCAUCAGCUUGCAGGCUCAGUGUGCAAGCCACUGUUAUAUACUUGGAAGCUGAGCACACAUGUGAAUACUUUUGGCCAAGGACAGCUCUGUUAUUUUGUUUGUGGAGAGAGUUCCUCAGUCAGCGUUCCUGUUGCACCACUCAGCAUUGCAAGCUCUACAGGAAUUUGGCUGUCUCAGAUCCAGCAAGCACAGCUGUCCUUUGGCAGUGUUGGUGUUGCCAGCUCUCAGGCUUCAAAGAGGAAGAGCUCGACGGAUUGAGCUGCACCUUGUCCUCACUCUGAGACUGUUUGCAGAUGUGUAGAACUGUAUUCCUGAGACCACUGAGACCUCAGUCAUGGGUCUUCAGCUGUGGCUCUGAAAGCUGAGGUCUUCUGGUCACUGUGGGACUCCACACAUCAUCCUCACACAUCAUCCUCUGCUCUAAACAUGUUCCAGAGCAGUCAGACCCCGUUGAUACCAGACCUGUGUAGGAUGUGUUCAUACAGCUGUGCAGUGCCGUAAGGAUUUCAGGUCACCAGGUAAAGGUCCAGUCCUGCUCAGUGGCUGCAUACCACAUUUUUGGGGUUAAAAUAAAUGGGAUUUGACUUUUUUGAAGGAUGAUUCUAUCAUGCUUUGCUAUUAUUAAUCACAUCUAUGUAUACAUGUGGUUUUAUUUGAGAAUUGGAAUGCUGCCUUUCAGCUUUCAACAUCCAGGCACCGGUAGCACCCUGUGACUCACUCCCUGUGUUGGGGAGGGAGGUGUGACCUGGUUGGGUGAACCAUUUCCUAUAAGGUGUGAGACGUGGCUUCAGGACCUCAUGGUGCAUUCGUGUAUUCUGUCCCGGGGAGUCGAUAAGAGCUGCAGACAUACAGCAGGCCUGGAAGAAAGCGGUAGGAAAGGCACAAAGACCUCGCAAAUACAUAUGAAAGGAUCAAGGGUCUGCGUGUGUUAAAUCCCAACAGGAACAGAUUUGGGGUGAGAUGUCCGGCUUCAUACACAGCAAAGGGGCAAAAGCAGAGUAUGUCUGACUGCUGGCAGCUGGCUCCCUACCUUACGAGUGAGGAAGGUAGAGGAUUUGGGAGAGGGAAGGAGAUAAAAGCAAACGGCAGAGAUAGUGUCAGGAAUGUGAAAAGGAGAAGGCAGAAGGGAGCAUGCCACCUGGAGGCACGCAGCCUGGUUGGAAGGCACCUGGGUAUUUAGGCGUGAAUUAAAACACUGUGAAACCUGAGCCUGUCCUUGAGUUUGGAGAUGUCCUGAGAACGGCCAGAUGCACACACCUGGCAAUCAAUCACACCUGGCAAUCAAUCACGGUGCUUCAGAAGUGAGAGAGCAGACUCAAAGAUUUUUUUUAGCAGCAAACCUUAGGCUGAAGCAAGUCCUGUUGAUGCUUGUUUUCUCUGUGCCCUCUCUGGUUUUACAGUGUGAUGCUGUGGAAGAACUUAUAGCGUGUAUUUAACUGACUUCUUCCUGUUGCCUGCUCAUUCACAUCCUCUGAAUGAGGUCUGUAGAACAGUCAUGCUCUGUUCUUACAGGUAUUUUCCUUUAAAGAAGGAUUUUUUUUUAACAAUUGUUGAUGUGUCCAUUUGUACAUAUAAAAUUAUGUUGCCUGAACUUCCAGUGACCUUUAGUUAAUUCACAGCACAAACAAAGGAGAAUCUCUGUCUCUGCAGAUGAAUAACAAGAAGAAAGGAAGAUGAGAAGGGGAGUGUUAAGUUAAAAAAACAGAGCCCUGUUUUUCUCCUUGUGCUGCAACUCAGCUCUUUACCUGGAGCCACUCUGCAGGGUGCAGUCAGAAUGUGCAAACCCAGCAAGGCUGGCAGGAAAUGGCAGGGUGAUAUGUAGCACAGGGGCUACAUCUUCUUUAACAGCAUUGAAUAAUUAACAGGCUCUGAAGAGUCCACUAUCUACUGCUUUUAGAUUUCCUGGUCUUAGCAAGCAGUGUUAAGGCAUUGUUUUCUACCACUGUUUGGCAGGCUCCUAAGCCCUCCUCAUUCCACAUGUGAUGAAGUCUUUCUUCUAUCUAUCCCAGCUUAACAAAUGGCAAUCACGAGAUUUUCUGGUUUUGUCUUGCAGUGUUUGGUAUCUGUCUUAGUGCCUUCAACUUCUGAAAUCAAUAGAUUUUAUGAGAAUCUCAAUUUCAUCUUGUUGUUGUUGUUUUAAAGCUAAUGUCUUGUGGUUAUGAAGAGAAGAACCCAAAUACGAAGCAAACUUUCUUCUGAUCGUUCACAUCAGAAAGCAAUGGGAAGCACCAGCACUCUCCUGGUAAGGUUGGAUGCCCAUUACAAGGUUGACACAGAGCCACCAUCUUUCCCUUGGCUGCUCUGUUCUGUUACACACACAAAUCUUUCUUUUCUGCAUGGUAUUAACUGCAAAUUUCUUCAGCCCUGUUCUUCCCUUCUGCUGCUGGAGUGCGUGUACUUGCUGCAUGCCAAGGUUGAUGCUCAGGUUUUGUUCUUAUCAUUUAGUCUACAUGUUUCUGUUCUUCUUUUCUGGUUGGUUUUAGAGACAAGUAACUGUUGGUCUCUUUUUUUGGCACUUGCAAAAAAGUAGUUUUGCUUUUCUUUGGCAUUUUUUCCUUUCUGGGGUGUUUUAUUUCAGGCCCCUGUACAGCUGGGAAGUUUUUUGGUUUUAAGAUGUAGGUGGAGUAAGGGAAGUUCCACCCGAGCUGAGGAUUUGUGGCUGAUGAUUAAUUAAAUCAGCAAUUUCUGAUGUUCAGAGCUGGGGUGUGCAGCAGUUACUAUGUCAUUUGAUGAGGUAAUUCUCUUCCAUGCAUUAAUUGACUCAUAUUACCUUGCUAUUUAAAAUUGCACUGAAGAAAAGCAAAAGAAAGAUAAUUCUAUGUAACAAACUCAGUGGGCAUUAUUUCUGUGAGUUAUCCUGAUUUUUAUAAGCAUGAUUAUAGGCAUGAUUUUCUGGCAUCUGACGCUGAAGCUCCAUGUGCUUGCAUAGGAAAGUAUCUCUUUUAUCCUCUCCAGCUGCUCUUCUGCCCCAUGUCAGCAGCCCAGUACAACCCUAAAGACUGCCUUGCUCCUCACUGCAAACAGAUUGCCUCCUCCUAGGCCCUGUUCCUGCCCUCGUCCUGCCCAGUGCCCCAGGCAUUUUUGCAAAUUUGACUUUGGCCCUGUUUGUCAAGGGUGUGCUGUUGUCACUUCUUUAGUCUGACCCUCUCCUUUGUUGUCAAGAGGUCUUCCUCUUUUUAUUGGUAGCUUUAUCUCUUUCUCCGUUAUCUUCUAGUCUUGUAGACUCUUUCCCCUCUCUUUUGCAUUUUACCAAGCUUGUCUUAUCAGUAUUAGGGGAUUUAAGACUUUUCUCUUUGACAGCUUUUCUUCCCCACUGCCUGGAAGUUUCUCUAUGCCAUCCAAGCAGGCCAAAGAGCAAAUGCGUUUGUUAUUCAAAAUGAGAUAACUGCAUCCAUGCCCUGUAUCCUUAGGAGAGAGCAUUUGUCUUCUUCUGCAGUCAUAUUUUUCACAUCUGGGAAGUUGCCCUUACGUCUUUGAGGUAAUAGAAGACAUAAGGGAGUAAUAAGAAUUUUCUUCAGGGCUGACUGAUCAACGAAGGGUGCAGCAGCAGCACUGUCUGUGUUUCUGUUUGGAGUUCCUCCAUGACUAUCACCACCCUUUGGCCUGGCCAUCCAUUCCUGAAAUGUGAACACAAAGUCCUUAUGACAGUGACUGGAAACUGCAAAACUGAACACAAUAUCACAUUAGUCACAGCAUCACCUGGAUGUCUGAAAUGUCAUACGUGUCUUGGCCAGUGACAGCAUGGCAGCAUUAAUGGUUUUCUGGCACUUUGAAAGUGCUGUCUUCCUUACAGAUCUUGCCAGGAUGGAAAAAGCUGGGAAAUUGAAAGGGGAGAAAAUAAAGAGAGAAGUUUUACUCGGUUGAACUGUCCUUUCUCCUUGUUUUGUAAAGGAAAAGGAGAAUGCCUCCUGUGAAGCAUGGUGAAGGCAUGCCUGGAAGGCAGUGCUGUUGGCAUCGUGGGGUCACUGUAGGGCAGCACUCUCAGCUGCCCUGCACUACAUAAAGCCAGGCCAGGAGAGCAGGCAGUGAAUGCCUUGGCAAGGAGGUGGUGUGACACAUUGGGCCAGAUCCCCUCCUGCUCCCCUAGGUGGGAGCACAGCAUAAGCAGGGCAGCAAUGACAUUGGUGUGAGGCUGCAGUGGACUUUUCUGUUGCAGUGUCAUAUGCCUUAGGCAGAAAUUCACUUGACCUUUUUUGGAAGGAAGAAGGCAGUGCUGAUCAUUCUUGGCCAGUGAAUAUGUGCUGAAUAUGUGCUAGUUCACUUGGUGAAGGUGACAAUGAGUUUCCCAGCACAGAGAAGGCUUGUGUGCAUGCAGCUUUCUCUUAAGAGAAACCCCUCAGACAGUAAACACCCCUCAGACAGUAAACAGUGAUGGACUGUGAAAGAUGCUGUACUCAUAACUUACCCAGGACGUUUUUGGCAUGCCAUAUAACCAGUGCCAAGGAAGGGUUUUCAGACUGUGAUGAUGCACUGUCUCCUCGGUUUUGCAGCCUUUCCUGGUGAAGGUAACUUCUUGUUGCGAUGGCAAAUCCCUACAGGAUGAAACAGGGCAGUUCAGGGGGAUAUGUUUCCCAUGAGAGAAAUCUCAGAAGAAAACAGAUGGAAACCAAACAUUCUUUGGUCACAGAACCCAAGGAGAGGUGCAGUAUGUGUCAAACCAUGAAAGCUACUUCAGAAACCCAACCCGUUCAUAUGGAGUAUGUACAAUAAGGUAGAAAUCUUUUCCAACCUCAGUGAUUAUAAAAUCAUCAAGUCCAACUAUCAAGUGCCAACUGUCAAGGCAUCACAACUAUAUAUUAAGCUUCAGACACGUGCACGCAUGGAAUGGAUUUAGGACUUCUGGCGGCCAAACCUCACACAAUGGGCACUGGUGAAUCUGCUGUGCUAAAAUUAUUUGGCUGAGUUUCAGCCACCACUGUGACAUUAUUUCCAUUGCCCUUGAGUUUUGUCUGGGUCUCCCCUAAGCCCAGCUUCAUUAUUUUCUUACUAGUGAGUAGCCUGCUGGUGGAAAGCACGCUCCUGAAAGCUCUGAAAGCUCAUGCACUCAGGCUCGUGAGGGAGGUCUGCUGUGGGAUACUUCUCACCGAUGAAUUGUAUUGCACAGUUGCUUUUACCCACUUCUAGCAGCAUCACAGUGACACCAAUAUAAAAGCAGCAACUGUAAUUUUAGAGGUUAUGCUCUCUUGCUGUUUUCCAGAGGUGGUUGGCCUUCCUGGGGAAGCCUUUUGUAAUGCAUGCAGGGAAAAGAAGCAGCCAUAUCCCCAUGCUUUUACUGCCUUUCUGGCAUUGCACCACUUCCUGUGACCCUUCUCCUCCCAGCGAUGCAUGGCUUUAAGGCUGCAUAGGCUGGGUGAAUUAUAUUUUAGAGUGAGACUCUAUUUAGCUGUGAUGUCAACUGCAGCAAACUAUAAAAAGAUCAGUAAUGCUCUUUGAAAGUGUAACAGCUGCUGCUCUACACCCUCUCUGCUGUAUUAUCACUCUGCCCUAUUUCAUGUGCCACACAGCCAACAUAAAAUAUUGUAGCAAUCAUCUCAAUAUAUAGCUCAAGGAAUGUGGGAUAAACUCCCUAGAAGCAAGGAGGAGCUUGAGGUGAGCCAAUCUGGGCAAUUUUACACAGUUUGUUAUCAAAAAAGUUAUUUUAUCUGGGCUUGCAAUGUAGCAUGCUUUUUCUUAGCACUUGACUGCAUGCCAUUAGCAAUUCCAACACAAUGACAGCAGACCCGCAAAGCUUUGCUUUGGGCAGCUUUGCUGGAUGUUACUCACAUACAGUUGUAAACUGAGCUCGUCUGGACUGCAUGGAGUGAGUCCAGCAGUAUAUUACCUGGCAUAUGAAGCACAUCUUUGUCCUUAGCUGGGUGUGACCACAUGUUCAAAACCACAUUCAGGGUUCCCCUAGAGUCAGAAAAUAAAUUCUGUUUAUCCAGAGUGAGCAGACAGCAAGUAAUAAAUGUGGAAUUGUGUUAGCAAAAUACACUGUGGCAGUACUGGAAAUGGGGUCUUGGCUGGGCCUCUGAAUAAGGACUCUACCAAGAUAUAUUUUCCUACUCCUGGAGAAUAGGAAAAAAAAGUUGUCUCCUGGAGUAAGCUUCACUCCUGGAGACAACUUGUAAAUGAUGUUCUGAUAAAUGAUGUUCAAGACAUGUGCUGAAGCAAUAUGAGAAGUGGAGCAUUGCCAAGUGGCUUGGUCAGUGUGGCAGCUGGGUGUGCAUUAGCACAGACAGCAAAGUGUCGCCUUCAGGCUGAUGGAAAGCAAAGUUCCAAACCUCCUCAGCUCCAGGUCCCUUCCUUGGUGGGACAAACCAAUGCAAAAAGGCUGCUCUGUUGUAUCUGGGUCAGUUGUGUUUGUUUUGUAGUGCAGAUAGGGCCUUUGUAGUGGGGAUGGAGAAUGGCCUGUUUGUAAGUGACACGCAAAGUCCUUUGACACAGGUCUGAAGUGGCAGUGAGCUCACUUGUCUGAGAGGAAAUGGUCGGCUUCCAACACGGCUGUUACCAAAGGUGACAAGACAGUUAGGCAAUGUGAGGAGUGAUUUUGCAUCAGACAAAGCCUCUGGGCUGGAAUCGAGCCCACCAUGGCACAGGCCUGCCUGUGUCUGAGUCCUGCCUGAGCUCACUGAGCCCUGGCACCCAGCACUCAUACAGGGACAUUGCGGAGGUACCCAGAAAUGAGAGCAAGUGGCCUGAAGACACACAGAAAGCUUGUGAGCAAGCCAAGGAGCCGCCUCAGUGUCAGCUUCCUGGCUCUGUUGAAAAUCCUUGGGGAGGCUCCCCUGCUUUCGCUCACUUCCCACUGUUUGCAGGUGUGAGCAGUGUCUGGCAGCUCUGGUCUCACUUACGUGCAGGCUGGAGAAAAACAGACCCACCCCAGCUGUUUUCCGGCAGCAGUGCCACAUCAUGACCCCGUGGAUUAAUGAGCCCAGCAGAGGUUGCUGGGAGCAGGGUCUUGUCAUUUAGGGUUUGCUUCUACUUCAUGAUCCCAGAGGCACAAGCAGCAGGCAGUGCAGCGAGGCACUGCCAUCGCUUGAUUACUUUGCUGUGGAAACUGCUCAACCAAAAUGAUCCCCGUGGAUCUCUGGUCCUUUUUCAGCUCACUGUACAAGUACAGAGAUGGUAAAAGAUUGCAUAUUUUUAAUCAAUAGUUCAUUUUGCAAGCUCAUGCAAGAAUCAAAACAGAGAUAAGUUCCUAGAGACCUCUAGGUCUGAACUGAAAGCACGAAGCACAGCACUGAACCCAGUGGGGCUCAGCACCCAACCUCACAGUUCAGAAGAUGAAUUCCUUCAAGAAACAGCUGUGAGUGCAAAAUUAGCAGAAUAAGGAGCAGAGAGAAUUUGCUUCUUGUAUGUGAAAAUACCCAUGCAAACAUAUACUGCACGGUUGCUUGAAUAAACUUACACUGAAGGAGGCUGACAUGUCAGCAGAGCUGAAUUUACAUGCUGCAGCAUGUAGCAAUAUGCUGUCAGGUUAAGAAGUGGCACAUCCUUGUGUCCAGUCAUGGAUGCAUAAUUGUCUCACAGGGGGAGCUGAGUUGCUGUGAAAUUUGAGGUUGUGGAUUUUUAAUGGCAUCUAGAAAUCAAGAUACUGGAAAUCCUCAAGCAUUCAGUAACUCCCCAACCACAGCCUUCAUUUAUCCUGUAACACUCCACAGGUUAAGGCUUUCCUGUAUCCAUUGAUAGCUGACAAUUCAUUUUGUUAGAAACUGAGCAGUCUCCAGUCGAAAUAGGGAUGCCUGAGACCUUCUGUAAAGCUCUUGUCUACCUUUUCCUGAGGCUGUGCAAUAGGUAAGUGGCUCCCGCAUCUCCAGAAUUGAAAUCAGUAAGUCACUGGCAGUGAGCUCAUCUGUUGAAAGGAAAAAUGCUGUGCAGUCCCACACUGGUGACAGGAUGAAGCUGCCUGUCUCAUGCAGUAGCCACAGGCUCCUGCUAUCCUGGUCCUAUGGCUAUGGUUUUCCACAGUGACUAGUUCAUGUAAUCCUUUCACUACUUCUUUGCAGAGACUUGGAGCUUCACAGUGUCAAAGGCAAUUGCUGAACUAACUCUUGCCAACAUGAUAGAAGGUAAGAUCUUGCAGAGGGCCACUGGGAAAAAUAAGUGUUCUCUGAAAGCAGGUGUUCUAAUAGUGCAUUUUACAAAUUCCAAGGAAAAAAAAGCUCCUUCAAAAAGAAAAAGUAUUAUAUAUUUAAAAUAAAAAUUAAAAACUUGGAUAAUUUUGCAAUUAAUGCGUUGCUAAAACUGACCUGUUUUCUUGCAGCUAGAGAGAUUUUCCUUUUGGACCUUUAGGACAUUCCAGUCACCCUGAUGGAUGUUUUUCUCCCAUCUAUAAAGUUACUGUUAAGAAGAUCAAAAUGAUUGGAUUUUUUGUAGUGCAUUAAGUUAUUUGCCUUUACAUAUAGAGUAUUAUUUUUGUCAAACCAGUCAUGUUCAACACUUAUUUGGUUUUGUGAAACUUGGGAGUCCUAAUCAGGGCCAGAACCUCACUUUCAUGAUCAGAGCAGUCUGGGGACUGGGGCUGGAAUGAUGGCUCUCAUGGUUUCCUUGCAACUCGGGAUAUUCUGUGACUCUGUGAUUAUUCUGUUUAGGUGAUCAACAGUGAGAUAAUUACAUUUCACACGAAAAAUGAUAUGAGGGGUCAUAAUGAAUGCCUGAGGACCUGGAUUGGACAUUUCACACCGCAGGUUCAACCAGCUAAGAUUGCUACUGCCCUCUUUUUGAAUAGAGAAAGAACUGGCUGCCUGUCCUUGGUAGCAGGGUGCUGGGAGGUGCUGGACACAUUGCUGCUGAUGCUUAGCAAUCCAUCUGGCAAAGGAUUUUCUCAUCCAGGUUUGAUCUAGAAAGACAUUUCAGUAUCUGCUGGGAAUUUCAGAGCCUGCCCUUCAACUGGAAAAUAUAACAGUAUUUCAUUACGUCUUAUAUAUAUGUGAGUGUGUUUUGUUCUCUGUGUUUUGCUGUUAUAUAAAGACUACACAACGAUUACAAUGAUAAGCACUCCAUGGAGUCCUGUAACAAAAGCAACACACAGGAGAUUCACAUUCACAUCCUUUUGAGCCUAAGAGCUUGUCUCUACUAGAAAGACUUUGUUGCUGUGAGUGUCUCCGUGAGGUUAAAGAUCUGGUCUUCCUGCCUGUGUCUGUAGAGCUGCAUCUAAAUGAAGGCUCUUAUCGGUGUGACUGUGUCAGCAAAGGAUGCAGCUCUUAACUCACAUACUUGUACUAGUAAGGCUCUUCAAGUGUCAGGAAGUUUCUGGAGAUAGAAGUAAGAGAAUUGCUCCUUUCAUUAUGACAGCAUAUUA